AUGGUUCCCAAAUGUAACACUGAAGUACUGUCUAGUGUUCCUAAGCACAAGAAGAUUGUGAUGCGCUUUAUGGAAAAAAUAACCGUAAAUUUGGUUGAUGAAGUUUUCAAAAGGCAGUGCGGCGUGAAAAAUGUUAAACGCUCAGGCAAGGUAUUCUCUGCAGAUACGGGGACUGUGAAGGAAAUUUUAGAAUACUUGCUAAGUGUUAUACAAGAAAAGAAGUUACGUGGAAGAUCACCUACAGCCACCUUUGAAAAACACGGAGAGCACCUACCCCGAGGAGAUGGUAGAUUUGGAGUAAGCCGUCGUCGACAUAAUUCCUCUGAUGGCUUUUUUCACAAUGGACCUCUACGGACGACAGGAGAUUCCUGGCACCAGCCCUCCCUGUUUCGGCACGAUUCUGUGGACUCUGGUGUCUCUAAGGGAGCAUAUGCUGGAAUCACAGGGAACCUAUCUGGUUGGCACGGCUCUUCCCGAGGUCACGAUGGCAUGAGCCAGCGUAGUGGGGCUGGCACAGGGAACCAUCGCCACUGGAAUGGCAGCUUCCACUCCCGGAAAGGCUGUGCCUUUCAGGAAAAGCCACCUACAGAGAUUAGGGAAGAGAAGAAAGAUGAUAAGGUAGAAAAGUUGCAGUUUGAAGAAGACGACUUUCCUUCUUUGAAUCCAGAAGCUGGCAAACAGAAUCAGCCAUGCAGACCUAUUGGGACCCCUUCUGGAGUGUGGGAAAACCCACCUAGUGCCAAGCAGCCCUCCAAAAUGCUAGUCAUCAAAAAAGUUUCCAAAGAAGAUCCUGCUGCUGCCUUCUCUGCUGCAUUCACCUCACCAGGAUCUCACCAUGCAAACGGAAACAAAUUGUCAGCCAUGGUUCCAAGUGUUUAUAAGAACCUGGUUCCUAAGCCUGUACCACCUCCAUCCAAGCCCAGUGCGUGGAAAGCUAACAGAAUGGAACACAAAUCAGGAUCCCUUUCCUCUAGCCGGGAGUCUGCUUUUACCAGUCCAAUCUCUGUUACCAAAUCAGUAGUACUGGCUGGUGGUAUAGUUUUAAGCUCUCCCAAAGAGAGCCCCGCCAGCACCACUCCUCCAAUUGAGAUCAGCUCCUCUCGUCUGACCAAGUUGACCCGCCGAACUACUGACAGGAAGAGCGAGUUCUUGAAGACUCUGAAGGAUGACCGGAAUGGAGACUUCUCAGAGAGCAGAGACUGUGAGAAGCUGGAGGAUUCAGAGGACAACAGCACACCUGAACCAAAAGAAAAUGGAGAGGAAGGCUGUCAUCAGAAUGGUCUUGCUCUCCCCGUAGAAGAUGAAGGGGAGGUCCUCUCUCACUCUUUGGAAGCAGAGCACAGGUUAUUGAAAGCAAUGGGAUGGCAGGAGUAUCCUGAAAAUGAUGAGAAUUGCCUUCCCCUCACAGAGGAUGAGCUCAAAGAGUUCCACAUGAAGACAGAGGAGCUGAGAAGAAAUGGCUUUGGGAAGAAUGGCUUCUUGCAGAGCCGAAGUUCUAGCCUAUUCUCCCCUUGGAGAAACACUUGUAAAGCAGAGUUUGAGGACUCAGAAACGGAAACAAGUAGCAGUGAAACAUCUGAUGACGAUGCCUGGAAGUAGGCAUAUAAAUGCUUACUGUUAAAUCUGACCCAGUAAACUCGGCUUGUGUGUUUAGGGGUUAUACAGAAGAAAUCGUUCUUUUCCUUUUCUUACGUUGUUGUUGAAUACUUCAUGCACAAGGGAAAUAAUCAUAUGCCAAAGAGAGAGAGCGCGAUUGGCUUGUUUAGCUUUUGUUGUUGUUCUUCCCUGUUAUCUGCUUAAUAGGACUUCGUGUGGUGGGAAAGAUUUUUAAAACACACACACAUACACACAAUAUAUUUGGGGCGAUGCACAGGUGGGAGCUGGCAGGACAGAGAGGAGGAGACACUGGUCUGCAGCAGCAGCUUCUACUACCAGCCCUCGGGGCACUCACCCCUGUGCUCAAGCAAUCAUUGUCAAUGACAAAGUGACUAUUGAAUUUAUAAUUGUAUUAAAUUAAUGCUAAUAAUUUGGAUAUUUUAUUUUAUUUCUGCCUGCUCGGGUACCAUUAGCCCUUAACCCAGCAUAUAUGGUUUUUUCACUUUUUUUUUUUUCUUUCUGGGUACAGCUGUAAAAUAUUUGGAUAUAGGAAAUGUGUUAUUCUUGCAGCCUUGAUAUUCAGGGUGGAUUGUAAAAUAUACAUUUUUGUGAGAUUUCAAAGAUUAAGAUUAUUUUGAUAACAUUAUUUACAGAUUUAAAAGAUGUGGUUAUCACAAGUCUGUUGAGGGGGAAAACUACUGCAUAAAAUAACUAACUUGGAA